AUGCUCAUCACUGAUACUGAAGACCACCUCGACCUGGCCAACGGGACAUAUUUUUUCCAUGACAAUGUUGUCAUGUUGGAGGUGGACAAUAUGCUGUCUGGAUGGCCGACUUACACCCUCGAUUUUACGCCGGAACGCCCAGGCCCAUUGAAAAUUAUACUACGGUUGAAGGAUGCCGUAGAGUUCAGGGUGAUCGAAGAUAAAGAUAGCGACGACGAAGCUAGUGGACAAGCCAAUAGUAUCCCGCAGUCUGUUGCUAAGGAAGAUCCAGAUGCUACAAUGGUCUGUGAGCCAAUGCCGGCGCCCAAGGACUCAGAUAUGCCUCAGUGCAUCAGCACAAAGCCUGUCCAGCUGCACGUCAUCCCCAAGAAUUCUCCCAGUAUCGUCCAUAUACGGAAGAAAUUCGAGGAUGAGAAUGACUAUACAUGGCCUCCCCGCCGUGGAUUCAGGGAGAGCUCUAACUGCACAUGGAUCACUCAGAUUGACGCACUCAUGACCAUACCUGCAGCUAUAGAAGCAUUGAAGCUUGACUAG